AUGUGCAUUCCCGUAAAUAUCACCAAGGCUGGAUGGACUGUCGAGCUCGCUUUCACGGUGCCUUUGCCUUAUAAGGUCAGCGAAGAAACAUACCCGGGCAAUGUGGAAGCGAGAAUACGCUCCGAGCCUGCGACCUACACUCGUAUCAGCAAGAACUCACACUUGGCAGUUCUUUUGGCCAACGCUGCCAUCCGUCCUUCCACCGGGUCAUCCACGGCGGAUAGCGCUGCUGCUGUUCGCGGCUCUACAGCGAGUAAUUCUAGUAGCCCUGGUGGGGUUGAGGCAGAAUGGAAGCCAUCAUUGUUUGCCUUGGAAACAUGGUGA